UUGUAUCCAUUAUGUUUUCAUUGCCUCAGUACUUUGCCAUGUUGUGCCUCACUCUGAGCAAGGCCGCGGUUGCUGAAUCUUUGUGGGAUGGUGAGACGCAGGACUUUUGGGAGUUGUGCAAGUCAUGUACUUCAAACAGACGUGUAUUCUGCUUUACGACUGGAACAUGUCUUGAUCUGGACAUAGAUGCACCGUCAGAAGCACUUUGGAGUGCCUGCAUGAACCCGCUCUUGAUUCCAGAUUCGUGCAGAACGAAGGGCAUACACCCGCCAGGGACAUCUCGCGAGGCCAAGGCUGGGAAGACACACAGACCCGGACAAAGCCUAGAAAAGGCCUGGACAAGGUGGGGAAGAAAAGGCCUGCGACGCGACAUAUUCGGACAAGGACAACGCCCAGGCCCAAGCGUGGACAUACAGACCCGGAUGGCCACGGCGUGGCCAAACAGACCCAGACAAGGGCUGGACAUAUCCGGGCAAGGCGGGGCGCGGCCAAGCGUGGACAAACCUGAAUAAGGCCUGCGCAAGGACCUUUAGACACCCCGGCCAAGGCGGAGAAGAAAGGACAAGGCCUGGACAAGGCGGAGAAGAAAGGGCUAAUGGCAG